GGAAGUGAUAAUCUCAUGAAAUAUCCAAUUAAAUAACUGGCAUGUAAUUUUUGGACUCUCAUAUAGACUGUGCAUAAAAACUUAGACAGUUUAUAGCGAGCGAGCUGUAUAGUGCACAUCAAAAGCAAAGCAAGGUUUGACAAGUAAUCAUGGGUUCUAAAUCAUUUCUAAACGGUAACUUCGGCGAGGUAGCUGUCGAGGGCGAGCCUGGAUUGGACACCGCUAUAUCGAAGGCAGUGAAUAACGUACUCGAGGGAUGUGACUGGAGUUUAUUACCAUUGCCACUUCGCGUUAAUGGCAACCACAAGACGAAACCACAUGUCAAACGACCCAUGAAUGCUUUCAUGGUGUACGCACAGGUAAAUUUGCGAAAUAUGCGCACAUGUCUAUGUAUUGCGCUGGUGAUUUUCAUAACGCACGCUUCUCAGUAUUAAAGAUUUGAAGUAACCGUAUUCUGACAUUGUAUAAAUUACGGCAGCGAACUGUCUGACAGUAUCCCAAAUUGCUUUUAAGCGCAUCUUGAUACCGCGAAUGUCUACGCAUUCUAGAUUAUAUUUGUAUAACAUGCAGGUCAAAUUUUAUGGAAAUUUUAGAUGCUCUCAAUUGCGGCAAUGACAUGCCAAGUACAUGACAGUCUCUCAAUAUUGGCUCACGCUUCUGCAUGCAAAUAAUAAGAGUUAAAUUAUAAAGCGUUCAACUUCCAUAAUAAUUUUUACUGGAGAGCAUAGCAGAAUACUGCUACACACUUCAGAAUAGACUUUCAUAUGGCAAAACGAUCACUGAUCAACUGAUAUAUCAACUUCUAAGCAUUACAAGAAAUAAUUUAAACAAUAUGAGUAAUAUGACCGAAGUUAAAUGGAAUUCCAACAUGUAACUAUAGGAUUGGCACGGUAAUUUAACAUAAUCUAACGUUUGCAACAACCUAUGUUAACUAUGGUUCGUUAACCUAAGUUUAAAUUUUCUCUUUUCAGGCUGCACGGCGUAAGCUUGCUGACCAAUUCCCGAAUUUGCAUAACGCAGAAUUGAGCAAGACUUUGGGAAAACUGUGGAAACUUCUCGACGAACAAGAGAAAAAACCGUUUAUUGACGAAGCAGAAAGAUUGCGCUUAAAACACAAACGAGAUCAUCCUGACUACAAAUACCAGCCCCGUCGCAAGCGGCAAAAGGGAGAAUCGAGCCCCGAACACACAGACUGCACAAUCACAGCUAAAGAUAUUUUAAGAGUUUUGAAAUCUGACAACGGGGACGAGGACGAAGACGAGGAAGCGAAUAACAUCGAUAGACGACCGAGUAAUACCGACUCCGAAUUCUCAACAAGUUCAUCCCGAGCGAGCUCCCCUGAUAGACAACUCAAUUUCGACGAGAUUGAAGCGAACGACACAUCACGAUCGGGCGAUUUGGCGAUCACUUUUAGCCCGACAAUGGUAGGAGAUAGUGGGGUUAAAAAGGAACCCGGCGAUGCCCUGGACUUCGACGAUGUUGGCGACCUCACAGGUGAUUUAAUAUCUUAUUCUGAUAUCGAGGGUACUGAUUUUGAACAGUUAUAUUUAGCAAGUACGGCGGGUAGUGUUUUCCAUAGUGCGCUGUCGCCAACGACAAGCAGUAAUAUAACCACAAGCGGUAAGACGAGUGCAUCAAACAGCGUGUACCACCUCGGUUCAUGUAGCCCGCCCGAAUCACCACAAAUGACCACAAGCACAAGUCAAAAUAUGCUACCGUUUAUCACCGCAUCGACUCUAAACCUAACUAGCGAUAUCGAGCAGUCGCAGCUUCUAUACACAUGUACACCGCAACCGUUAAACACAGCAAAUUCUGAACUCACGACCAAGUAUCUGACCGCUCCUAAAAUAAAAGUGACAUCAAAGAUCUCCCAAUGGUCCAGUUACACAUCGCUUUAGAAUGGCACGAAGCCAGCUAGAUUUAAUGGCGCAUUGCUGAGGGACACCCAAGAGACUAGCGACCUUAGCUAGCAUAUUUGACGCUUCGCGACCAAAGCUUAGUUAGCAUAAACGACGCAUGCGAUUGCUAAACUUACGAAUCAAGAAACUUGUAAAGAAUUUGGUAUAUAUAAGAGAUAUACAUUAAAACAUUUCCAAGGACUUCAAGUACCAAACGAACCACUAUCAAUUUCACGUAUGAAAUAUUAGAAUUUUUUAAGGAAUUUUAGCUUAUGUAAAUAUAGCGUUAUAGAUGUUUGUUUACUUUACCGAGGUGGCCGCUUCGCGCUACUGUAUUUGUGGGCUAUAAAAUUAUACAUUUUUU